GACUGAUCAUUGUCCCAUGGGCCGAGUCAACGACGAUAUAUCACAAUAGCUGUGAUUGCGUAGCCUGUCCAACGAACUUGCCAACGCAGCGCGUACGAUCUGACCCUAUCAGUCAUGCAGAACGACUCCAUAUUCGAAGCAGAGGCGGACUUGGAUAACACGAGACUUCCAUGGUCCAACGGAAAUACAGAGCAGACGACUGACCCUCACAAUCAAGGGAGAGAUGACACAAUUGCUGCAGUAGGAGGAUACGAUGGCGCACUCGUAGGAAGAGAUGUUAACGAGAAUGCGCCGCUUCUAAGAACGGGCUUUGAAGCUAGUGAUGACGGCAAUAGUCCAGACGACGAAGCCAGCUUCGUAGACUUGGAGUUUGGCUCUCUUCCAUGGUACAAGAAGCCCUCGAUUAUAUGGCUCCUUCCUUCUUUCGGCGUCCUUGCCCUGGCCUACGGGGGAACCAUAGUCCCCAAGCUCAAUUUGAUACUGCAGCUGAUAUGCCGGGAUUACAUGGCAGAUAAAGCCGCGCGUGACCCGACCUUCACGUAUCUUCCUGUAGUGUUCGUGUUCGGAGGAGAAAAUCCACAAUGUCAACGUCCGGAAGUCUCGGCCGCGGGAGCUCGGUUCACGCUCUAUAUGCAGCUCAUAUCCGGCUUUCUAUCAGCCAUCACCAGCCCGAAACUGGGAGCGCUGUCGGAUAGAUAUGGUCGACGGAAGCUAAUUGCUUUAUGCAGCACGGGUAUGGUCUUCAACGAGUUGAUUACGAUUGUAGUGGCCAAGUUUCCGGACACGUUCUCCGUCAAUUGGAUGCUCUUGGGCUUUGCAGUAGAUGGUAUUAGUGGAUCCUUUACAUGUGCUCUGGCACUAAUCCACUCAUACGCUACGGACUGCACGAAGCCCUCGAAGAGAAGUACUGCUUUUGGCUAUUUCCAUGCAUGCUUGUUUGCUGGCAUCGCUCUUGGUCCCAUUCUCGCGGCGUAUGUUAUCAAAGCGACCGGAGAUCGAGUGUCGAUAUUUAUAAUGGCACUUUCGGUCCAUUGUGUCUUCAUUUUAUUCACUGUAUUCAUUCUCCCCGAAUCACUCUCCAAAUCAAGGCAGCGAAUCGCCCGCGAGAAGUAUAGUGUCGAACAAGAACAAUAUGGCGUGGCCUACGGUAUUGCUGCAGAUUGGUUCAAGCAUCUGAGAGUUUUCACAAACAUGCUACAACCCCUCAGAAUCUUAUAUCCCAGAGGACUGGGUAGCAGUCCACAACUCCGUCGAAACCUCGUGCUGUUGUCUGCCAUCGAUACUAUUGUAUUUGGUGUUGCGAUGAGUAUGAUGUCCGUCCUGGUCCUUUAUAUCAACAUGAAAUUCGGAUGGGGCGAUGUUGAGGGCAGUAAGUUCGUGUCUGUGGUCAACAUCUUCCGAGUCGCUGCACUCCUCAUCAUCCUGCCAGCGCUCACAUGGUGUUUUCGCGGACGACGGCGUUCACAACAGGCUGAGACCAAGCACGGUGCAGAUACGUUGGACUUGUACAUCAUCCGACUCGGGGUCCUCUUAGACGGGCUAGGUCUCCUUGGGUACGCCUUAGCACCAACUGGAGCCGUGUUUGUUCUGUCUGGUAUCGUUGCAUCGAUGGGAGGAGUGGCAUCUCCAACCUUGCAAUCGGCUCUGACGAAGCAUGUUCCCCCGGAGAGGACAGGGCAGCUACUGGGAGCCACCGGACUACUCCAUGCUCUAGCGCGUGUAGGAGGUCCUUUAGUCUUCAAUGGGCUAUAUUCUCUGACUGUUAGGAAGUACGCGCCAGCUACCUUUCUGGCUUUGUCUGGUGUAUUUGGUCUUGCAUUCUUGGGAAGUUGGUUUGUGAGACCAUACGUUGUGUUCGAGGAGCCUGAUAUUGAUGUACAUUCAUCACAAGAUGCUAGGGCUGCACAUAGGCACGGAGAUUGAUCAAGCCGCUAUCGAAAGGCUUUAAGAGAUCUAGAAUAGUGCCUAAAUCGGACAGUAUAUAAGGAGUCAUCUGUGCACUCCGUCAUUCGUCUUACCGUAGUCUCAUGAUGCAUCUAUACACCCCUACGGCCAUCAAGUUGCUGAGGCUCGAUACAGAUAUGCUUCGCGAUCAUGGAGGAAGAGUUACUGCUCUUGAUACCUCAUAGUCUGAUCUCCGUCAUUCUCUCAUCUGUUUGGAACUAGGGCAAAUUCGUGCGAACCAGUAACUGUUCAAUCGUUCUUUUCACCUGCACGAGCAACAC